CCCGUUUAAACCCGGAAUUAUUUGAUCAUUUGCCUCGAUUCUGAUUCUCCACAGUUUUCAAUCAAAUUACUGUGUAGUUAAACAAUUGAUUUUACAAAAACCGUCAUAUAAAUAUGCUUUACAAUAUCACUCUUCAUUCAAGCCCACAUAAGAAUAUUGUUAAUUCCGUUUAUGAGAAUAUUUUUCCAAAAACCGCGCCGUUCAUUAAUUCUUAUGGGUUGUUCUUCCUACAGGAAAUACAAGGUGUGUUUGUACAAUAAAUAAAGGUGCGUGUUUUUCUUCUAAAUCAGUCGGACUUUCUCCUCAAGUGCUUCAAGAAAUCCCUCCUCGAAUUGUGAUUGACGUCUAGAACAUUUAAAAGCGAAAGUAAAAACAAACAGCCGUUUUCCACAUUCAUAAAUAAGGAAGGAGGCAAAUAACAUACAUGUGAGAUACUUUUUCAUGCCAAAUAGCUGCAACAUUCUCUGGAGGGAAACAAGAGAAGCACUGCCACCAAAAGGAGUCCCUUUGAGCAGAUGGAGCAACAGAACACUGCAGCAUCUCCAGAACCCAGCUGUGACAGUGACAGAUCCACGAUUCAGUCCCCUGAUCUCAGCGAUGGAACACUGAAUUCUGACCCCAGAAUGCAGAGCCACAGAGCAGUAUCUUCAGAACCUAGCUGUUUGUCUGUGAAAAGUAACAGAUCCAUGGAUCCCCCAGAUAAAUUCGGUGAUAAAGCAGUUAUUUUCAACCCCAGAAUGCAGACCCAGGGAGCAGUAUCUUCAGAACCCAGCUGUUUGUCUGUGAAAAGUAACAGAUCCAUGGAUCCUCCAGAUAAAUUCAGUGAUAAAGCAGUUAUCUUCGACCCCAGAAUGCAGACCCAGGGAGCAGUAUCUUCAGAACCCAGCUGUAUGUCUGUGAAAAGUAACAGAUCCAUGGAUCCUCCAGAUAAAUUCAGUGAAAAAGCAGUUAUCUUCGACCCCAGAAUGCAAACCCAGGGAGCAGUAUCUUCAGAACCCAGCUGUAUAUCUGUGAAAAGUAACAGAUCCAUGGAUCCUCCAGAUAAAUUCAGUGAUAAAGCAGUUAUCUUCGACCCCAGAAUGCAGACCCAGGGAGCAGUAUCUUCAGAACCCAGCUGUAUGUCUGUGAAAAGUAGCAGAUCUAUGGAUUCUCCUGAUAAAUUCUGUGUUCAAGCAGUUAUAUUUGGCACCAGACUCACUCUGUGUCUUUUCAGUGGCAUGAGGGAUGGUCUGAUCCAGGUUCAGUCCAGAUGUGGAGUUUGUGAGCAGGUUUUGAAAGAUCCGGUCUCUAUCACCUGUGGACACAGUUUCUGCAGACAGUGUAUCAGCUGCUACUGGGACCAGACCAGCCAAUCAGAAGACUUUAAGUGUCCACAAUGCAGAAAAAGAUCUAGAACAUGUCCUGUCUUACACUCAAACAAAGUCAAGAGAGGAUCCAGUUCUACUGGUUCUGCUCACUUCCACACAGAAUCAGACCUGCAGCAGGAUUCUCAUCAACCAGCAGAUGAUGUUCAUCAGAGAGUCAAAGACAAACAGAAAACCAUCAUGAAGAACAAGUAUGAGAGCUUAUUUGAGGGAUUCAAACAACAAGAGAAUCAAACCCUCCUGAACAGGAUUUACACACAGCUCUACAUCAUAGAGGGAGAGAGUGAAGCGGUGAAUGAAGAACAUGAGGUUCUUCACAUGGAGAAAACAGCCAGAACUCAACACUUAAAAGACACUCCAAUCUUCUGCAAUGACAUCUUUAAACCCUUACCUAAACCAGGAUGUGAGGAGAAGAGAAAAGACCAUAUAAAGAUUGUUCUCACUAAAGGCAUUGCUGGAAUUGGAAAAACAGUCUCUGUGCAGAAGUUCAUUCUGGACUGGGCUGAGGGAAAUGCCAAUCAGGAUGUAGAUUUCAUGUUUGUGCUUCCAUUUCGAGAGCUGAACUUGAUUAAAGAUGAGCGGUACAGUCUUCACAAACUUCUGCUGGACUUUCAUCCUGAACUUCAUGAUCUGGACUCAAAAAUGUAUGAUGAGUGUAAAGUUGUGUUCAUCUUUGAUGGUCUGGAUGAAAGCAGAAUUCCACUGAUGUUUUCAGACAGUGAGAAAGUUUCUGAUGUGACUGAGACUUCAUCAGUGGGAGUGUUGAUGUCAAACCUCAUCAAAGGAGAUCUGCUUCCCUCUGCUCUCAUCUGGAUCACCUCCAGACCAGCAGCAGCCAAUCAGAUCCCCUCCAAAUACAUCAAGCGUGUGACAGAAAUUCAGGGAUUCAAUGACCCUCAGAAGGAGGAAUAUUUCAGGAAGAGAAUCAGUGAUGAGCAUCAAGCCAGCAGAAUCAUCUCACACAUUAGAAGAGCAAGAAGCCUCCACAUCAUGUGCCACAUACCAGUCUUCUGUUGGAUCUCAUCAACUGUGCUUCAAAACAUUCUUAAACAAGAUGACAGUGCAGAAAUCCCUCAAACUCUGACUGAAAUGUACAUCCACUUCCUCCUCAUUCAGAUCAAUAUGAGGAAUCAGAAAUAUGAAGAGAGAGAUCCAGAGAAACUCCUGCAGUCCAACAGAGAAGUGAUUGUUAAACUUGCUGAACUGGCUUUCAAACAGCUGAUGAAGGGCAAUGUCAUGUUCUAUGAGGAGGACCUGAGAGAGAGCGGCAUAGACGUUACUGAUGCCACAGUGUAUUCUGGGAUCUGCACUGAGAUCUUUAAGGAGGAAUCUGUGAUUCUUCAGAGGAAAGUCUACAGCUUCAUACAUCUCAGCUUUCAGGAGUUUCUGGCUGCUCUAUAUUUGUUUUAUCAUUAUGUAAUCAGAAAUGUGGACACAUUGCAGUUUUUUGAUGUAGCGCAUACUCUGCAUAAGUAUGCAGUAGAUAAAGCCCUUAAGAGUGAAAAUGGACACCUGGAUCUUUUCCUGCGAUUCCUGCUGGGCAUCUCACUGGAGUCCAAUCAGAGACUCUUACAGUAUAUACUGACACACAUAAAGAACACCUCGGAGAGCAUCAAGGAAACUAUUACUUAUAUCAAAGACAAAAUCAAAGACGGAUGUGGACUUUCAGCAGAAAGAUCCAUCAAUCUGUUCCUCUGUCUGCUGGAGGUGAAAGAUCAGACUCUGUACAGAGAGAUUCAGGAGUUUCUGAAAUCAGACAAACACUCAGAGAAUAAACUCACUCCUGCUCAGUGUUCAGCAAUUGCCUGCAUGCUUCAGAUGUCAGAGGAGGUGCUGGAUGAGCUGGACCUAAAGAAAUACAAUACAUCCGAGGAGGGUAGAAGAAGAUUGCUACCAGCUGUGAUCAACUGCAGAAAAGCUCUUCUUGCUGAGUGUAAUCUCACUGGUCAGCACUAUGAAAUUGUGGUCUCGGCUCUACAAUCAUCAAAGUCCCUCCUGAGAGAGCUGGACCUGAGUAACAAUGACCUGCAGGAUUCAGGAGUGAAGCUAAUCUCUGAUGCACUGAAGAGUCCAAACUGUAAACUAGAGAUUCUAAGAUUGUCGGGCUGUAUGGUGACAGAGAAAGGCUGUUUUUUUCUGGCUUCAGCUCUGAGUUCAAACCCUUCACACCUGAAAGAGUUGGAUCUGAGCUACAAUCACCCAGGAGAAUCAGGAGUUAAGCUACUCACAGACAGACUCAACGAUCCAAACUGUACACUGGAGAAACUCAAUUUGGACCAUGGAGAACAGUUCAGGAUCACACCAGGACUACGAAAAUAUUUCUGUAAUCUCACAAUGGAUCCAAACACGGUGAACUAUCAUCUCAUUCUGUCUGAGGGGAACAGAAAGGCAACACACAAGAAAGAGGAUGAGCCAUAUCCUGAUCAUCCAGACAGAUUUGAGCACUAUGAGCAGGUUCUGUGUAAAGAGGGUCUGACUGGACGCUGUUACUGGGAGGCUGAAUGGAGCGGAUGGGCUGAUAUAGCAGUGUCGUAUAAAGGAAUCAGAAGGAAAGGAAGAAGUGAUGACUGUGAUUUUGGACUCAAUGAAAAGUCCUGGAGUCUGAGCUGUAUUGAUGGCAGAUUCACUUCCUGGUACAAUAAAAACAGCAUUGACAUUCCUGUCCCUAAACCACAAUCUAACAGGAAAGGAGUGUAUCUGGACUGGUCGGCUGGUACUUUGUCCUUCUACAGCAUCUCUGACACACACACACUCACACACUUACACACAUUCCACUCCACAUUCACUGAACCCCUCUAUGCUGGAUUUGGGAUUUUUUAUGCUAACUGCUCAGUGUCUCUAAAGCGGCAAUCACGUGACAGGCUGGUGGUCGGAGAACUACACCUUACCUCACAUUUGGAAAAACAAGACUUAAUGGAUGACAUUCGUCUCAUCGUGGAGGUGGAAAAACAGAAAGUUCUCUAUGACCCGCAGGAUUUCUUGUAUAAAGAUUUAAAUGCAAAAGAAAAGUGUGAUGACAAGACUAUAUUUCAAAAUGUUUUAAUCACCAGAGCCUCAAGAUACCAUCACGAGGGGUGUACUUCCUCCAAAAUGAGUCUCUAUGAGGAGAAAGAAGCAGAAGCUGCUGUUCAUUCUCCAGAACCCAGCUAUGUGUCAAUGAAGAGCAACAACUCCAUGAGGGAACCACCUGUAUUGAGUAAUAGAACAGCAAUAUCUGACCCCAGACAGGAGGGGUGUACUUCCUCCAAAAUGAGUCUCUAUGAGGAGAAAGAAGCAGAAGCUGCUGUUCAUUCUCCAGAACCCAGCUAUGUGUCAAUGAAGAGCAACAACUCCAUGAGGGAACCACCUGUACUGAGUAAUACAACAGCAAUAUCUGAUCCCAGUUUGAAGCGAGAUAAUCUUGUCAGAUCUUUAAAGUCCUGUACUGCCUUCGACUGUCAAAGCCACAUCCUGCAGAAUGACACAGAAUUUGCCUUGAAGACACGCACACUGCUGGAGGAAACUGGAGACUUGCAUCUGGAUUCUCAUCAACCAGCAGAUGAUGUUCUUCAAAGAGUCAAAGACCAACACAAAACCAGCAUGAAGAACAAGUAUGAGUGCUUCUUUGAGGGAAUCAAACUACAAAAGAAUCAAACCCUCCUGAACAGGAUUUACACACAGCUCUACAUCAUAGAGGGAGAGAGUGAAGGGGUGAUUGAAGAACAUGAGGUUUUACACAUGGAGAAAACAGACAGAACUCAACACUUACAAGACACUCCAAUUUACUGCAAUGACAUCUUUAAACCCUUACCUGAACCAGGAUGUGAGGAGAAGAAAAAAGACCAAAUAAAGACUGUUCUCACUAAAGGCAUCGCUGGAAUUGGAAAAACAGUCUCUGUGCAGAAGUUCAUUCUGGACUGGGCCGAGGGAAAUGCCAAUCAGGAUGUAGAUUUCAUGUUUGUGCUUCCAUUUCGAGAACUAAACUUGAUUAAAGAUGAGCGGUACAGUCUUCACAAACUUCUGCUGGACUUUCAUCCUGAACUUCAUGAUCUGGACUCAAAGAUUUAUGAAGAGUGUAAAGUUGUGUUCAUCUUUGAUGGUCUGGAUGAAAGCAGAAUUCCACUGAUGUUUUCAGACAGUGAGAAAGUUUCUGAUGUGACUGAGACUUCAUCAGUGAGUGUGUUGAUGUCAAACCUCAUCAAAGGAGAUCUGCUACCCUCUGCUCUCAUCUGGAUCACCUCCAGACCAGCAGCAGCCAAUCAGAUCCCCUCCAAAUACAUCAAGCGUGUGACAGAAAUUCAGGGAUUCAAUGACCCUCAGAAGGAGGAAUAUUUCAGGAAGAGAAUCAGUGAUGAGCAUCAAGCCAGCAGAAUCAUCGCACACAUUAGAAGAGCAAGAAGCCUCCACAUCAUGUGCCACAUACCAGUCUUCUGUUGGAUCUCAUCCACUGUGCUUCAGAACAUCCUUAAACAAGAUGACAGUGCAGAAAUCCCUCAAACUCUGACUGAAAUGUACAUCCACUUCCUGCUCAUUCAGACCAAUAUGAGGAAUCAGAAGUAUGAAGAGAGAGACCCAGAGAAACUCCUGCAGUCCAACAGAGAAGUGAUUGUUAAACUUGCUGAACUGGCUUUCAAACAGCUGAUGAAGGGCAAUGUCAUGUUCUAUGAGGAGGACCUGAUAGAGAGCGGCAUAGACAUCACUGAUGCCUCAGUGUAUUCUGGGAUCUGCACUGAGAUCUUUAAGGAGGAAUCUGUGAUUCAUCAGAGGAAAGUCUACUGCUUCAUACAUCUCAGCUUUCAGGAGUUUCUGGCUGCUUUCUUUGUGUUUUACCAUUAUGUUAUCAAAAAAUUUGACACAUUGCGAUUUGUGGAUCAAGUGCAUAGUCUACAUAGGGACACAGUAGAUAAAGUUGUUGAAAGUGAAAAUGGACAGCUGGAUCUUUUCCUGCGAUUUCUGCUGGGCAUCACAUUGGAGUCCAAUCAGAGACUCUUACAGGAUCUACUAACACACAUAGAGAACAGCUCAGAGAGCAUCAAGAAAACCACACAAUACAUUAAAAACACAAUCAAGAAUGACAAACAUCUCUCCACUGAAAGAUCCAUCAGUCUGUUCCUCUGUCUGCUGGAGAUGAAAGAUCAGACUCUGUACAGAGAGAUUCAGGAGUUUCUGAAAUCAGACAAACACUCAGAGAAUAAACUCUCUACUGCUCAGUGUUCAGCAGUCGCCUACAUGCUUCAGAUGUCAGAUGAGGUGCUGGAUGAGCUGAACCUGAAGAAAUACAAUACUUCAGAGGAGGGUAGAAGAAGACUGAUACCAGUUGUGUAUAACUGCAGAAAAGCUCUUCUUGCCGGCUGUAAUCUCACUCAUCAGCACUAUGAAAUUGUGGCUUCAGCUCUACAACCAUUAAAAUCCCUCCUGAGAGAGCUGGAUCUGAGUAACAAUGACCUGCAGGAUUCAGGAGUGAAGCUGCUCUCUGAUGCACUGAAGAGUCCAAACUGUAAACUGGGGAUACUUGGGUAA